AUGACCGCUUCGUUCCAGACCCUGCGAUCCCAGUACGCCUCCGCCCUGAAACGCUUCAUUUCCUCCUCCAAAGCCUUCGAGAUUAUCACCUCCACUCCUCCCUCAGACAAUUCCCAUCCCCCUACCCCGGAGGUCCUCUACGUUCUCGAUUCCUCCUUUAACCCUCCGACCGUCGCCCAUCUCAGGAUUGCCAGUUCUCCUUUCCUAGAGCAGCCCAGUCUGCCCUCACGUCUGCUCCUCCUCCUCGCCACGCAGAAUGCUGACAAACCCUCCAAACCUGCCGCCUUCGAGGAUCGCCUCGUCAUGAUGGAAAUGUUUGCUCAAGAUCUGCUGUCGAACCUGAAAUCCACAGAGUCGAGACCCAUCAAUCUCCCGCAGAUUGACAUCGGCGUGACCAAAAAACCCUACUUCGUCAACAAGGCGACCGAGAUAGAGUCUGCUGGCAUCUACCCUCGAUCCAUCGAGCAGGUUCAUCUGAUAGGCUACGAUACUCUCAUCCGCGUCUUCAAUCCGAAAUACUACCCUCCUGAGCACACGCUCAAGCCGCUCGAGCCGUUCCUUGCCCGUCACCGGCUAAGGGUGACCGAGCGUCCGGACGAUGAAUGGGGUAGUGCCGAAGGUCAAAUGGCCUUUCUUCAAUCGCUGUCCAACGGCGCCUUGGGCUUCGAGGGUGCAAGGCCAGAAUGGGCAGAGCGCAUCCAGUUUGUAAAAGGGAAAGACCCCGACGAGCAGCCCGUCAGCUCGACUAGGGCCCGUCAAGCUGCUAAAGGCGAGGCAAAUAUCCACGAUUUGGAAUGGCUGGUCCCUUCCAAUGUUCGUGACUAUGUCCUGUCGCAGAAUCCUUAUACCAGCUGA